UUGAUUAAUAAAUUAGUGCACAGAUUGGUAAAGGCUACCGAUCGCAGUGUGAAUCAAGUUCUUCAUUCUUCUUUGAAAACAAAGUUGCUGUUUAUCAUGAUGAAGUUAUAUGCAGCACUUAUGUUACUUUUGGGUAUAGCGUAUUCACAAGAUUGUGGGCCUGGUUGGGUCAAGGGACCAAACACAAACUUCUGCUACUAUUUUGCCCAAACGGCUAAAAGCUACAACGAUGCAUUUGAAGCAUGUUACGACAUGUCGGGAAUAAUGACCCAUGUUUUGGAUCAGGAGGAGCAAGACUUUACAUAUGGACUGAUCAAGACACAAACAAAAGAUGUGUGGCUCGGUCUGACCGAUAUGGACGACGGUGAGGGUACCUGGAGAUGGAACGCCUUUAUUUGUAUAGAAGACACCUACUGGGAUGCAGGACAACCAAGUUAUGGAAACGGUGGUUCCGAAUGUGCAGUAAUGAAAGCUAACUCAGGCCUUUGGGACGAUAGGAAUUGUGAGGAAAUGUAUCCUUACAUUUGCAAGAAAAAAUUAGGUAAUUGA